UAAUCAUAGUAACAAAACAAAACGGAAAAAAACCUAGCAAGGCUCGCGUUCAUGAUCCAAUUUCGCUUUUAUUUUGCAGAUAUAUUUUUCGAGUACGAGAACAAACCAAUUAAUUCAUAUUAUCGGUGCUUUUUUUUUUUUUUAGCUUCUCGUGGAAUUUAGCGACGCAUCGCUUCCAUCGAGAUCGAGUGAGUUUUGUGGUUAGCGCGUGAAAAUGUGCGCAAGGUGUGUGAAAGAAGAGUACGAGGAGGAACUGUGGCGAGCAAAGGAGGAGAACGAGGGAGAACGUCAACCGCCCGAUGCGGCUUUAGAGAAGCCGCGAGCUGGGCUACACGAAGCAGAUGUCAGUGACGAGGGUCUCACUCCUCCCGAGGAGCAGGAACGGAGCUCCGGGGUGAAACGGGAAGAUCCGGCAGACCCCGCCGACGUUAAAGAAGAAAAGGGGGCGCCCGCUCAAAUGAAAGAGGAAGAGGAGGAACAUAGCAUCAGUCAAGAGGAACGGAGGAUUCAAGAGCUCGGGGAAGUCAAUAUCAUCAUCAAGUCGCCGUUAAAAAGUGAUGAUGAUAAUGACGGCGACCAUCGUGUGGGAUCACAAGCAGACAGGCUCUUCGCUCCUCUGUCAGAUACCGACGACGUAACGUCACACUCCUCCGAUAUUGACGACGAACACUCCAAAGGUGAAAUGACGCUUCCCCCGGACGAGAAAUGCUGCAAAUGUCCUCAGUGCGACAAAACAUUUUUCAACAAGUCAAAGUUGGAAAGACACAUGAGAACGCACAGCGGGGACAAACCCUACGCCUGCUCGGUUUGCGGUAAAACGUUCACCUGGAAAGCGGGUUUGAUGAGGCACACAAGAACGCACACCGGUGAGAAACCCUUCCCCUGCUCCGUUUGCGGCGAGCGAUUCGCUCAUAAGGAACAGCUGGGAAGGCACACGACGACGCACACUGGAGAGACGCACUUUGGCUGCUCGGUUUGUGGGAAAAUAUUCACUUGGAAGACUGGUUUGAUCAGACACACACGGUCGCACACCGGGGAGAAACCUUUCCCUUGCUCGGUUUGCGGGAAAACAUUUAGUCAAAAGACAACUUUAAUCAGGCAUACGAGAACGCACACGGGGGAGAAACCUUUUGCCUGCUCAGUUUGCGGCCAACGAUUCACUCAGAAGGGAAAUUUAGAAAAACACGGCAGACGACACACUUUGGUCAUCCCGAGUGUGAAUUUUUGCCUGCUUAAUCUGCCACCCAACUUUCAUUAAAGGUCGCAAAGGACCGGUUUCAACACACUGAAUGACUAAAUGUGGAGGAAACGUUGUAUGAUCAAUUUGUGACAAAAGAUUCCCUGAAAGACAAUUUGAGAGCACACAAGAGUACACAUUGGCGAGAAUGCAAAUGUGACGAUGAAACAAUAGCUGCAAAUGAACGUCUAAAGAAACCGUUGACGCAUGGUGGUAGGAUGGAAAACUGUUAUCCCAAAUAAAAUACUGUAAACUUUUUAAACUGA